GAACCAUAUAAAUUUCAGGUAAAAUCAAUGAAGUUGGUGGGAAUAUUCGACGUUUUUUUUUUUUGGGAACGGUGAUAGGGGUGGCUCUUGAGGCAAUCCACGGAAGCCUCCGGCUAACAAUUGUUGGAAUAAUAUGUGCAGUAUUGACCAUAGGCAUGUAUGCAGCACCCCUAUCUUCCAUGAGGAUGGUGGUAAAGACGAAAAGUGUGGAGUACAUGCCAUUUUUACUGUCAUUUUUUCUUUUCCUCAAUGCUGGAGUUUGGUCUGUCUACGCUCUCCUUGUCAAGGACUAUUACGUUGGAGUACCAAAUGCAAUUGGGUUUGUAUUGGGCUCGGCCCAGUUGAUCCUCUACACCAUUUACAAGAACAAGUCACCCUCAUCAACAAAAUCAAACGAGGAAAGGGAAGAAGAAGGAUCGACCAACCUCAUCAAGAAUGCCAUUGAAAUGCAGCAGGGCCACGACAAAGAUGACCCGAAAAGUAUAAAUCGGAGCCUUCACAAGGGAAGCAGCCUUCCGAAGUCGUCCAUUUCCCGGCAGUACACCGUCAAUAAACUCGCGAAGACACUUUCACUCUGCAACCCAUAUGAGUUGCGUUAUGGUCCUGAUCAUGACUAUGAUGUUGAAAAUGGACGCUCUUCAGCUCAAUAAAACAGUAAUGUUGAUCGUCUCCCUUAUAUAUUCAUCCAUGGUUUUUUGAUAACUCACGUGUGUGUACUGCCCUUCAUUAAGCACAUUUUCAAAAGUUUCGGAAGCAAAUGA